CUAGCAUCUUGUGUCAUUCGAUACAUUCUAUACUUCGCUUCAUCGCAAGACUCCGCAUCGGACUCGAACGUGGUCGAGUUUCAGGAUGCUAAAAUUCAACUAGCACGUAAAAUAGUCAUCAGAAAUCAGCAAAUUGUUGCACUGGAUGACAGUGGGUUAUGUUUGCGGCAGCAAACCUCAGAUGAAGGGUUCAUUCUUGCAAAGAGCCAUGUAGCAAUCUUAGAAGCAAAACCGCAAUUCCAAUGUCUAGAAGGCAGCCGACCAGUUAUCUCGGAUGGAUGUUUUGGCCAGAUGGUAUGCGAAGCAUUAGCGGCCAGGCUGUCAGAUAAUUCACAAAAAAGCAUUAUAAUCAUUCAUUGUACGCAGCAUUACAUGUGCUUUCUUCAAAUGGACACGAGCGACGCUUAUAUUGCUGAUUUUGAAAGCGCCACGCCCAAGCAGAUGCUGAACAUGUUUUCAACGCCUUGGUUUGAUCUCACCAAGAGAAGUGGAAGGGAGGGUGUAUUGAUAAAUAUUAUUGGGAUCAUGCGUCGGGCAAUAGAUCCUGGUUCUCCAGAUCCUGGUCCUCCAAGCUAAGUCACAUAAGCAUAAUGUUUAGCAAAUUCGACAAGCCCGCUAAGAAGAGAAAAUGUCCUGUUUCUCUAUUAACAGUAUGAGUUGCAAGGCAGGAUGCCAGAAAGGGGAAUUUAAUGCCACAUGGCAUAUCUGUGAGGUUCCAGGAACAGGAGUUUCCUGGCACCCCUAAAGUAAAAACUCCG